CUUCAUUGUGGGUGUUCUCGUCCUGCGGUGGAUAGACAGUUUAUUUGUUCCGUAUCACGCCGUUUGUUCGACCACGCCGAGCUGUUUUUGUUGUCUCAUCCCAACUCACUUCUUCUCCGAGCCUGCGGGUCGAGGUUUGGAUUGUGUCAGCAGCGCAGCAGCAGCAGCGGUCGGGCUAGGCUAGGCCUGAAUCCGCCUCGCAAACACUUAUGGACUUUGAAAAGCAAGCCUAACAGUCUCCAGAAUCGCGUGUGAAUGGAGCAGUGUGCGAGUACAGCCUCCCUGCUGGCCUCGGUGCGGGAGCAGGAGAGGCAGUUUGAGAUGCUGAGCCGAGCUCUGGAGGAGGAGCGGAGAUCGUGCGCCGGCACCCUGCCCCGCCCCCUCCCCAACAUGCAGAACGGACGCAUUCCUUGUGAUGCAGACAUAGAGAGGCUGACACUGAACGAGGGUUACAUCAACGGGACACAUCACUUCAGGAUGGAGCCUGGUCAGGUGGUGCAGGAGACGUACAUGGUGGAGGAGGAGCCCCAGGAGUCCACACCCGUUAUCUCCGUUGAGACCAGUGAAGAUGGAACCACUCGGCGCACAGAAACCACGGUAAAGAAAGUAGUAAAGACCACCACUACUCGCACAGUCAUCCCCUCCGUGUCAGACACACUUUCUCUGGAUGGUGGGGGUUCAGUGACAGGUGUGGGGGGCUACACUGCACCCAUGGACCGAGUCUACAGGCAGGGACCCGGCGGAGGCAUGCCUAUGGACUACCCCACUCACACUGUGCCCAGAAACUACCACUACGGACCUCCGGGCUAUGACGACUACCGCACUGGACCUCCAUCUGAGACCUACGCAAGCCUUAACAGGGGCGUUCGCAUGGAUGAUCGCUACAGACCGGUCCAUCCAGAUGGUUACAGAACUCUGGAUCCAAGCUACAGAGCUCCCAGCAGGAACCAGCUGGACCCGUAUGCUGCUCAACCACAGGUUGGACGUAUGGGAAGUGCCCUGGAGCUGUCCUCCAUCCCGAGGUUUGUUCCAGAGCCUUAUGGUCUCGAGGAUGAUCAGCGCAGCGUGGGCUAUGAUGAGCCUGACUAUGGGAUGGGACACCCAAUGCACUACAGCACAGUUCCCCGCAACCACCACGCAUUCCCCCAUGGGCCCCCACGCAGGACUGGGAGUUAUGAGGGCACCUUGGACGGUGACAUGAGCGGCCCAGGGGACAUGUACUAUUGGGGUGCAGGAGCACCUCUAGCCCAGGGUGAAAGAGGAAGCAUGGCCUCGUUGGACAGCACUCUGAGGAAAGGUCCAGGUCCCAGUGGCUGGCGUCAGCCAGAGCUGCCAGAGGUCAUCGCCAUGCUCAACUACAGGCUAGACCCCGUCAAGAGCAACGCAGCUGCAUACCUGCAGCAUCUCACCUAUAAGAAUGAUAAAGUGAAGUCUGAUGUGCGUCGUCUGAAAGGCAUUCCAGCUUUGGUCUCUAUGCUUGACAACCCAAAUAAAGAGGUUCACUACGCAGCCUGUGGAGCUCUAAAGAACAUCUCGUAUGGAAAAGAUCCAGACAACAAGAUCGCCAUCAAGAACUGUGAUGGAGUGCCUGCUCUGGUCAGGCUGCUGAGGAAGACCCACGACCAGGACCUCACUGACACUAUCACAGGGACCCUGUGGAACCUGUCGUCUCAUGACUCUGUGAAAAUGGAAAUUGUGGACCAUGCGCUGCACGCCCUCUCCGACGAGGUGAUGGUGCCCCAUUCAGGCUGGGAGCGAGGGAGCAAUGGAGCAGGAGGCAGGGAGGAGAACUGCAAGCCCAGACACCUUGAGUGGGAGACGGCCCUCACCAACACAGCAGGCUGCCUGAGAAAUGUGAGUUCGGAGCGAAGCGAGGCGAGGAGGAAGCUGAGGGAGUGCACAGGAUUGGUCGAUUCCCUCAUGUACAUUGUCCAGUCCCAGAUCGACUGUAAAGACGUCGACAAUAAGUUGAUAGAGAACAGCGUGUGUUUGCUGAGGAACUUGUCUUAUCAGGUUCAUCGCGAAAUUCCCGGCUGUGAGCGCUACCAGGAGGCCGCGCCCAUCAACCAGGGCCCCGCCCCUUCUAGCCAGAAGGCAGGCUGCUUCAGCUCCCGCAGGGGCAAAGAUGAGUGGUUUUCCAAAGGAAGGAGAGAUGAGGAUGCAGUUGCAGAUGUAAUUGACAUUCCAAAGAGGACCACGCCUGCUAAAGGCUACGAGCUGUUGUACCAGCCGGAGGUGGUCCGCAUUUACACCUCUCUGCUGAAGGAGUCCAAGAACCCCACAGUGCUGGAAGCCUCGGCCGGAGCAGUUCAGAACCUGUGUGCUGGCCGCUGGACUUAUGGGCGAUACAUCCGUGCCUUGCUGCGCCAGGAGAAGGGUCUUCCCAUGAUGACUGAGCUGCUGGCCCACGGAAAUGACCGCGUGGUCCGAGCCAUGUCCGGAGCCCUCCGCAACCUGGCCAUUGAUGCACGCAAUAGAGAUCUACUUGGUAAACAUGCGGUGCCUCACCUGGUGGCUGACCUGCCCGGCGGUGGUCAGAGUCAGCCGGUGCGAGCGCUGUCAGAGGAGACGGUGGUGUCGGUACUGAGCACGCUUCAUGAGGUGCUGGGUUCCAGCCUGGAAGCAGCCAAGACCCUCAGGGCCUCACAGGGCAUUGAGAGACUGGUGCUCAUCAAUAAGGACGGUAAUCGUUCUGAGCGGGAGGUGCGAGGCGCCGGCCUGGUUCUGCAGACAGUGUGGGGCUACAAGGAGCUGCGGCGCACUUUGGAGAAGGAUGGCUGGAAGAAGACGGACUUCAUGGUCAACCUAAACCCUCCCAGCAACAACACCAGGGCCAACGGAGGAUAUGAGGACAGUACUCUUCCGCUCAUAGACAAAGGUGGCAAAGGGGACCGGGAAAUGAUUCCAAUGAAUGAUUUUGGACCAGAUGCCUACUCCACACUGGACCAGAGAGGGAGAAGGAACACUCUGGAUAACACACUCGAACCUGCUGACAAAGAUGCAGUACAGGGAGGGAUGUAUGGGGAGAGGCAGGCCUCUUUGCCUCUAAUGGAUUCUUACGAUGGUUAGGCUACACCCACUGUCACACUGCAUGUCAGCGCAUGAAAAACUGAUUGUGUGCAUCACAAGACGACAGCCUCCUCCAACCUACUGCCCUUGCUGAACUGACAACGGGGGACCACUACACUACCAAUGGGACUAAACUCCCAUCAUUUUACACUCUUCUGUCCCUCCUUACUCCUUUCACAGCUUCCCUUCUCUCUCUCUCUCUCUCUGUUACACUCCUCCAUUGCAGCUGACUCACUAAUGAAACCACAUGGAAAGCUGACGUGGAUCUGCGCCCCCUGUGGACAACCAGAUGUGACACUAUGACCACUUUAAGCUCUGCGAGGUCCUAAACUCCAAAAAACCCAAACAAACAAAACAAGCUAACCACUCAACCAGAUACAGCAACACUACAUCUCCACACUACGACACUACGACUUGCCUGGACAACACUAACGCUGUCUCUUUGACUGUGGCUUCAUCUGAGGACUUUUGUAAUUCUUGGAGGUCGGAGCGUAGACUUAUUAAACUAUUAUUAAACUAAUUAAAAGAACUGUUGGGAUCAGACCAGGACACUUUCUGGUGAAAUUUUACAUGAAUGGCCAUUACAAUCUUGUUUUGAAGAAACUGAGGAAAUGUGUCAUUUUCUCUGCCUCUCUCUCUCUCUCUCUCUCUCUCUCUCUGCGAUGGUUAAAUACUACAAAAAAUAAUUUCCUACCACUGAGAACCAAUGUUUAUGGAUUAAUCAGAUAUGUGUAAAUCUUCUGCUUCUGUUUUGGUCGUGAUUGUUCCUCUUCUUGCUUUGCUCUGUACACACAGUAAUGUACAUGUGCCAAAUGACACUGCUACUGCUGCGACUGCCAAUGCUGAAUGCAAGAACUUCACACACUUUUCAACUGCAGCUAUACUGAAAACUGUCAUCUGAUUUGUUUUGUACUCAGACUGUCCGUGGCCGACCGUCUCGCCAAGAUGCAUGGGGACGCUGCAUUUUCUGUCUUUGAUUGUGAUCCAUAGAUAUAAAGGGGACAGAAAUAGAACAGUGAAAUUCUCAACCUCAUUGAAAUAGUAUAGUCUGUGCUAUGUUUCUAUCCUGUUAAAUGUACGUCCCUUGACUUUGUAAUUUCUUGGGAGAUGUCACAGGUUGGUGCAUUUCCUUUUCUCCACAGGUCUAUAAUCUUAUGAAUGUGUACAUACAAGACGGUCUCUACGGUGGGCUAACUGGAGUGCCUCACUCAUUCUGGAUAAGUCUGAUGAGUGUGUCCAACAUGACAUUAGUAACCAAUCAAGGUGUGUUUUUCUCAGCAGGUUUCUAGUUGAGAGUACUGUAUAUGGAACUCAGCAGUUUUCUAUUCUGCAAGUUAAUGGAAUAUGUGAACUUGUAUGUAUGUAAGAGUUGAUUCUUGUUAUUGGGAUUGAUUUUUUUUUUUUUUUUUUUUAUACGAGGUGUAAAACUCUUGAGUUCUGUAUAUUUUACUGCUUCACAAACCCAUAGCCUUCGUUGGCUUUAAGACUACAGGACACUACAUGGGAGAAGACACAGUAUUGUCUGUUUUUGCCUGCAUUUCUUUAGUACAGUGCUUGUUCUGUAGAAGAAUGCAUAUUCUUAGUGCUGAGUGAGAUGUAGAUACUUACUGAGUGGACCAUUAAAAGAAGCACUGGGGGGGUAUAAUGUGUGUGUGCUGCACCCCUAACCCCCCCACUCCUCUUUUUCCAGCUUUUCCUUUGUUUUCCAUGCCAAUUGAAACACGACAGGAUGCCUCAUUUUCUCAAAGCAACAAGUUGCCUUCAAGAGCGGACUGACUUAAAGAGGAGAGCAAGGGUUUGUGGUAGAAAAUCUGUGGAAGGAGGCAUAGACCAGAAUUUGGUAUUAGAUAAAGUGGAGGAAAAAAUAAAAGCACAUUAAAAACUAUAUAUACAAGAGAAUAUUUGUUAAUUUUAAUGAUUUAUGUAUUUCUUUUUUUUUUAUAUUCUGAUUUGGGUUUAAUUGUUUUGGGUGCUCUGGGUGAACGCAUAUGCAAUCAGUUUUUUUAUGUUUUGAUUGAAAACAUUCAGUUUAUGUCUUAAUUAAAUUUAAAACGAGUUAGCUAAACAAAAUCCUCCAACACAGUCAGCAGAUACUGGAAUACUAAUGGAAAAAAUCUGAUUCUGGACUACACCUUAAUCUCUUUGCCUUGGCUCUUAAAGUUGCACAUUCUCAUUUAUGAGUGAAUUAUGUAACUAGCAAUACUGUUUUUAAUAAAAAAGAAAAUAAUUUCUCAAA